AUGUUUAAAUGUAUUUUAAAGAUGAAUUCUUUGCUGAGUUUUCACAUAUUCCUAGGUCUAACUCAUAAUCUGUACGUAUAUAAAAUUGCACCGCUCAAUGAAAAAGCAUGUCCUUUAAAACAGAUAUUGGAAAAUGAAAAAGUUCUUUUCUCAUGCCUUAAAACACAAGAUGGAGCCCUCGAGUUUAUGUCAGUUUUAAGAGAACCUGAACUUUCAGCUAUUGAAAUAGUGGAGAAAAGAUGUAAAUGGGGAGCACAUAUAAAUGAUUGUGCCGAUAAAUAUUUUGCUGUAGCAAAAGAGUGCUUUUAUUUUACUGAAACUGAUCUAAAAGGGUUGCAAAUUUGGAAAAAAAUUGAUGAUAAAAUUCUGUCGUAUAUUUGUAAAAAUAAUGCUCAAAUAACACUUGACUUCUUUAAACCAAGUAAACUAUCAUGUUGGAGUGAGGGUAUUACUAAAGUCUUAAAAGAAUGUACGUCAAAUGUAAAUAUCACUGCUCCUUUUUAUAAUUUACCUAAAAUUCAAUCGAACUGCAAACAAAUUGAAGAAGUGGAAACAUGUAUUAACCAAAGCAUUACGAAAUACUGCCCAAAAACCGACUCAGAUCUUGUUGCACAUUUACUGAAGAUAAUAAAAUCAAAUAUUUGCAAUUAGAUUCCAUGCUAUUGUUAUAUCAAUAAUAUUUAUGGUGUACAAUUUAAAUAUGAAUUAAGUAACAUAAAAUAAAGUUUUCUAUAUU